UUUUCGUGCUGACGUGGACGCAGGGAUUAAACCCUAGCCAACACCCACCCCCUUGUUCCACUUAAACCCGCUCCCCUCCCGCUGCCGUCGUCCCGUGUCCGCCGGCCUUCCGUGCGGAUCUCUUGGCUAUUUCUUGAGAUUCUGAAGAAAAGAUAGGGCAAUAGUGGUCCUCCAAAACUCAGUUUUGGAAGAAUGCCUGGGUACUAUGACAUGGAUGACAUCUUGAUGGAGGAUGAGCCUAUUUCUGUUGUCUUUCAAGUUGGAGCUCAUGGUUGUGGCCUUCUAGAUCCAGGUUCAGAAACCAUCGAUAUCGAAAAGGGCACUAAGAUGGAUCUGCCUUAUUGGCUUGCUCACCAGUUGCACUUGAGGCAAGCAGUAUCUAUUAGUGUUCCAGCCAGCUUCAGCCAAAAAACUAGGAAGGAAAUCCAGGCUGAUGCUGCAUGUGUUGAUCUGAAGGGUCGUUGCCCAUACUUUUAUGAGUUGGGAUGCAAGAUUGCGCCACUGGUUGGUGACAAGACAAUUGGAUCCUUUCUGCUUUAUGCAUUCACGGAUCGGUACAAGGAGAUGUUGAGCAAGUCACACAGUGCCUCAGCUGUUCCAAGAUUCUCUUCACGUCUUACAAAAGAAGAGUCACAAUUGUUCGAAGCUGCUCGCUCUUCAAUGGCAGCAUUCAAGAAAUGGCGUACAGGUGGGUCGCGAUUGGAGAAGGCAUCGAUCCUUGGGAGGAAAAGGAAGAGAACCAUACCACUCGGCCCAUCUUCACCGUAAAUAAACUUGCAAAUUGUGAAAUACUAGUCUUUGUUGUGAUUCUUCUCUCUAUCUUUGGAAUGUACUGCGUGUUGCAUGUUGCUCCAAGUAAAAUGUAUGCAUUUCUCUCUUC